UACAAGCUUUCAGACGAGAACUUGCCAUAAAAAAAUCUCAGGAAAUGGAUCUUACACACGAAGGAUAUCGUUAUAAGCUGAUUGAAGUACAAACCGAGGAAGUAGAGGAAAUGAACUCUGAAGAAAAGUUCAGCGAUAGCGACAGAUACAUUUUAGAUUGUCGAAAUAUCAAACCAGAAGACAUUUUGAGCAAAUUAACAGCAUUCUACCACCAAAUUAAACGGUCAAAAGUUUCCUAUGUUUGGAUAAACUGCAGCGAGGGAAAAUUUCUCGAAAUCAAGGAACGUUUAGUCAAAUUAUUGGCAGAAAAUAAUGAAUUGUCUCGCGGCUUAAGAAAUCACGCAAUCUUGAAGUUGACCACACAAGAUCAUACAACACCUGUCAUGGAUGCUUUGAAAAUAAGCAUCGACGUUCUAAAUUUUGGAAAAAGUCUUCUUGAUGUUUAUCGUCUAAUGGAUGCCCAUCCCGGAAUUCUGAAUGGAAAAGUCCACUUGCACAAUUCUCUUAAGAGAAAGCGGUCAGUCGAGAUUGUUCCUUCGGAUUCUGCUGCUGAAUUGGUAAAUAGGCCAUACGCCGAUCAACGUCGACCCGGUAAAAAAGUGUUUAAAGCCUUAAAAAAAAUGGUAGGAAAACCAGAUAACAAGGGGUCUAAAAAGAAAUGUUACAUGUGCAAUCUAAGUUCGGUAUUUGAUCAACUCUGCGUUGAUUGCCACUUUCUAAAUGGCGAGAUGAAGAAAUCCUCGUGUGAUUUAAAGGGGAGGUACGCUAUAGUCACCGGAGGUCGAAUCAAGAUCGGCUUUGAGACAGCUCUCCGCUUGUUGAGAGACGAUUGUUUCGUCAUUGUCACCACUAGAUUUCCGGCCAACGCUGUGGAACGGUUCAGCGGACAGGCAGAUUUCAACGUUUGGAAGCACAGGCUAAAAAUUGCACGUCUUGAUCUCCAGAACAUGCAAUCAAUCGAAGGUUUCCUUGGCUAUGUUCAACAGAGCAUUCCUCACCUCGACAUCUUAGUCAACAACGCCGCACAAACAAUCUUUCGACCGUUUCCUUACUACCAGUCUCUCAUCUCGGAGGAGGUAAAGAAACUACCAAACUUGGCCAAAGAUGGGAACAAUGUAGUCGUGAAUCAAAUCCAGGCUCUUGAACAGUUACAUUCCAUGAUUUCAACUCCAAAUCGAUACCAGGCACUUCCUUGGAAAACGAACACAAUCGAUUUUCCACCAGAAGAGAGAGACCAACAUGGUGAGCCACUAGACACUCGACCGAGAAACAGCUGGACGUAUAAUUUGGAUGAAGUGCCUCUAGAAGAGCUUCUGCAAGUUUUAACCAUCAAUGCUGUAGGCCCGUUCAUCCUGACAGCUAAACUAAAACCACUCUUGAAACAAAGUCUUUUUCAGCGAAAAUUCGUCGUGAACGUAUCUGCCAUGGAGGGGCAAUUCUCACGAAUCAACAAAGGUCACCGUCACCCACAUACCAACAUGGCCAAGGCAGCCUUGAACAUGAUGACUCGUACCAGUGGACUGGAGUUCCAGAUGGACGGAAUCUACAUGACAGCUGUGGACACUGGCUGGGUCACUGACGAACGUCCGUUUCACCAAGCCCGGCUUGAAGCAGAGGUGAAAGGGUUUGUGCCUCCCCUCGAUUGCCAGGAUGGCGCCGCAAGGGUUUACCAUCCGAUUGUUCAUGGGCUGAACCCCAAGAAUUCGCCAUACUUUGCUGUAUUUCUGAAAGACUUUAAACCCAAAGACUGGUAA